GUAGAGAGCGGUAGAUAGUUUUGAUAAGUGGUGACACAGCCGAGCGCUCCCCUUACUGUACAGUAAAAGCGGAGGGAGGAGCGAGCGUGUAAGUUAACGUUGGUAUUUCUUUUUUGGUUCUUUUCCUCCUGUCGCUGAAGCCCGUCCAAACGCUACUGGAAGGCAGCAAAAAGGUGGAAGAAACUACUCCUUUCCACGCAAAAGCUUUGCAGGAAGGCGGCCGGGGAGCAGUGAGAGGAGGGCGAUAAUCUGACAGUAGGCUCCGAGGCGCAGCAGCUUGGCGGAGGACUGGGCUCGGAGUGAGGGGACGUGUAGCCACUCAGCGCCGCCGCUACACUUGUGCAGAAACCGGAGGAGCCCCGCUGACUUUCUCCCGCUUCAGUUCCGCCUAAAGCCAUAAUAGCCAACCGAAACUGGUGCCCAGACCGCGUGGGGGGUAACCGACGAGUUCCAUGAGACCUACGUUGGGAUAAAGGCUGGGAUCAAAUGUAAAGAAACAACACUGAAGCAAAGACAACUGACCACCAAGGGCAGAGACAAGGCGGAUCGCACAAAGCAGGAGGCCUGGGGAAACCAUUAACCGCACACAAACACACACAAUAUGACUGAGUGGAUCCCACUCCACCCUCCGUAUCCCUGAGACUGACAUCCACCUCCAGCCCCGACCCCAGGGCCUGCCGAUUACCCCAACAGGACCUCCAUCAUCAUCCAUAUCUUGCAGUUUCACACCGAGCCGCACCACAUCAACCUCACAGGGGGUCGACUCCUUCUGGAGAGGGCCCCCCCCAAAAAACCCCCAAAAUGUUUCACUGACUGACCCCUCCCAACUAGCGAAUGACAAGUCUGCAUCCGAGGGUGGGGCUUGCCUCAGUCUCUCAUGAUUUGCUGCUGGAUGGAAUUAAGGUGAAUGGAACACGUUCCCGAGGAGCAAGACCCUAACCCAUCAGAGGGAGAAGAGAAACGGUGGCUCAAUGGCCCGAAAAGGAAGAGGAAGAACAGCCAAUGUUCGGUGAAGAGUAUGACUGGGUACAUUCCUAGCUACCUCGAAAAGGAUGAGCCAUGUGUGGUGUGUGGCGACAAAGCCACAGGUUACCACUACCGCUGCAUUACCUGCGAGGGCUGCAAGGGUUUCUUCCGUAGGACCAUUCAAAAGAACCUCCACCCCGCCUACUCCUGUAAGUACGAUGGCUGCUGCAUCAUCGACAAGAUUACCCGCAACCAGUGUCAGCUCUGCCGCUUCAAGAAGUGUAUUGCAGUGGGCAUGGCCAUGGACUUGGUGCUGGAUGACUCAAAGCGGGUGGCUAAACGGCGCCUGAUUGAGGAGAACAGGGAGCGACGCAAAAAGGAGGAAAUGGUGAAAACUCUCCAGAACCGUCCAGAGCCCAUCGGGUCCGAGUGGGAGCUGAUCCGCCUGGUGACAGAGGCCCACCGACAUACCAAUGCUCAGGGCGCUCAGUGGAAACAGAAGCGCAAAUUCCUGCCAGACAAAAUCGGCCAGUCUCCGGUUGCGCCCACGUCAGACGGAGACAAGGUGGACCUGGAGGCCUUCAGCGAGUUCACCAAGAUCAUCACUCCUGCCAUCACCCGUGUUGUUGACUUUGCCAAAAAACUGCCCAUGUUCUCUGAGCAAUCCAUGGGCAGAAGGCAAACAACAGGGAAGUGGAGGGACAGUCAACGAGAGAGAGAGAGAGAGAGAGCGCUGCAAACCCUACCUUGUGAAGACCAGAUCAUCCUGUUGAAGGGCUGCUGCAUGGAGAUCAUGUCGCUGCGAGCUGCCAUGCGCUACGACCCAGAGAGUGAGACGCUAACGCUGAGCGGGGAGAUGGCUGUGAAGCGUGAGCAACUGAAGAACGGCGGGCUUGGCGUGGUGUCGGACGCCAUAUUCGAUCUGGGCAAGAACCUGGCACAGUUCAACUUGGACGACACAGAGGUGGCGCUGUUGCAGGCCGUGCUUCUCAUGAGCUCAGAUCGUUCUGGACUGACCUGCAUGGACAAGAUUGAGAAGUGCCAGGAGACCUACCUGCUGGCGUUUGAGCACUACAUCAACUACCGCAAGCACAACAUUCCCCACUUCUGGCCGAAGCUCCUGAUGAAGGUGACAGACCUGCGGAUGAUCGGAGCGUGCCACGCCAGCCGCUUCCUUCAUAUGAAGGUGGAGUGUCCCAACGAACUCUUCCCCCCGCUCUUCCUAGAGGUCUUCGAGGACCAGGAGGUGUGAAACACAGUUGCCACCACGCAAAGAGAAGAGGAAGUUGGGGCAAACUGGGAGAUGGGAAGGGCCAUCAUUUCUAUAGGGGAAGGAUGGAGGGAGAGUCCUCUCGGCAGGAAUCUGCAUUUCUCCAACAUCGCAUUUAGUAUGUGGUUUAAAAACUGGAACCAACAAUAACAGAAACAACACACCAGCAACAGGAGAGUCAAGCAAACAGAGGAUUUUGUUUUUGGAACACCCUCUCCUCCACCUCUUUCUCCUCCUUAUACCUACCCCUGUUUUAAAAUCCGUGUGGGGGCCCUUCUGUCUGAGCAUGAUGUCUUAUCUAGUAAGAGUUGUAGCCAUUUGCCAAGAUAUGUACACACACACACACACACACACACACACACACACACACACAGCCACAACCACAGCCACAGCCUGUUCCACCUCAGUUCUUCAGAGCAGCACUCUUUGCAGGGGUCAGUUCCCCCUCUCUGAUUCUUUUUAGCGGUCACAGAUUUACACAGUUUUGAAGCCCAUGUUUCCAGCUCUCAUGCUGGCCAGCACCUCUCAGUAUUAUUUCUGAAUAAGUGUUAAGGCAGUAAUUCGGAAAAUAUGGACACCAGUGACAUUUAAUUGCUCACAGCCAUGCAGGCACACACAAUCAGCAAACACUGCACAUUGAAAUUUCAGCAGAUGUUUUAAGCAUUACUCUGGUGUAAUGGCUGUAGUAAAGCAGAGCUACCAGAUCUAGUUCAUUAUCAAUUCCUCAACUCAAUCUGAGCCGUUACAGCUGUUUUUGGAGCUUCUUCUUCUUAGAUCACAGUGAAACCGGUGCUAUAUUUAUAUAAGGCUACUCCAGUUUUAUGAAAUUGUGUUGUCUACCUUUGAAAAACGUGCAGACCAUGGCUCCAUAUCUACCUUCAUUUGUGUCAUUGGACCGGCUCCUGUGACAUACAGUGCACGCACAUACACACACACACACACACACACACACACACACACACACGAGCAGACUUGCCUUGUCAUUGCCUGAGCUGCUUGUGCCAGCAGCCUACUGUCUUAUGAAUGACAAUUAAGUCCUUCUCUCUCCAAGGAGUUACUGCAUCGAAGGAAAGAAAGAAAGGAGUGGAGGAAGGGAGACACUUGGAAGGGAGAGGAGGGAGGAGCAGAGAUAGAGUUAGGGAACAAGAUUUAAUAGGUGGACUGUAUAUUCAGAGCCAGGGGUCAGAAGUAAAUCUCCCACACGCAGCCUCGAAUAGCAGCAACCACCAGGUUUCGAAUAGCAGCAACCACCAGCAAGACAGCAAAGCUCAUCUUACACACACAUAUACACUUUCUCUCUCUCUCUCUCUCUCUCUCUCUCUCUCUCUCUCUCUCUCUCUCUCUCUCUCUCUCUCUCUCUGUCUGUCUGUCUGUCUGUCUCUCUCUCUCUCUCUCUCUCUCUCUGUGUCUCUCUCUCUCACACACACAUAUACAAACACAUAAACAUGAAAACACACAUCACCUCAGAGUAACGUGAAUGCCUCAUUUUACUGUAAGCACUGUGCGGCAGUGUUGAUAUACAGCCCUAACCUGCAGGGUUUGUACAGAGUCCUCUCCUCACGGACUCAGCUCAGUGUGGCCCCUCCAGGCUUCCAUACACAUUUGCCUUUUUUAACCAUGGGCGUCACUGAGAGCAGGCACAUGCCAAGAAGGCUACCAUUUACCUCAAAGUGGACACAACCCCAGGCUGGGGCAGCAAUACUGCCCUUGUGGUGUCAGGCACUACCUCACCUCUGUGGACACAGGGCAGCUGCCCACAGCCUACACACAGACAUACACCAUUCAAGUUGGUUCAUGUAUAGAUUAACACACAAAUGUGCAAAAUGUUUGCAUAGGUGUACACUUGUAGUCAUGGAAAGACAAAACACUCACAGCAUACACACACACACCCUCAGUUCUAUCACUUGGUUGAAAUGAAAUCCCACUGAAGACAGGAGGGCCAGCCAUCCCCCUGGAAGGUUUUACCAACUCCAGGGAAUGGUACCCAUUGCAUUCGGGUUAUCUCUUUUUGUUAUAUGGGACCAAGUGUCAUCUUUUGAAAUUUGGAUUUACCUGUGUCUGUCAAAACGGCAAUUGACUCACAGAAGCGACGAAGGACAGUGUGGAUGUCCAGCCCUGCUGACACCCAUCUAAGCAAGUAGCAAGAGGACUGACAGCAUUGAGUAACAGAAAACCCGUGGUGGCCACGCCCAUUGAAUUAGCAUGCACAGAAAGGCAUCAUGGCGAUCUUCCACAGUACACUUAUGAUGCCUGCCAUUGGAUCUUGAUGAAUAUUUUCAUGGAAAUAAGCUUUUUUUCAUGCAUGGACAGUGCAUUAGACGUAAAAAGGUGGAAUGUUCUAAAGCGAAAUGAAGCCUCUUCAGAGGCAACUUAAAAGCUCUUUUAGUCUCAUGCACUUUACCAAUGCUCACCACUAUAACAGUAAUAUCUCACUGCAAAUAUCCAUGGCAAAUAUCAUGGUGUUCUAGCCAAAUGACUAUUCAAAAAUGUUAAUUAUAAAACCCACUCUGUUCAUUCUAAUUCUGGGGCCAAGGCAAAUCUAACUGGGUUUACCACUCUUACAAGAAGAGAAUGAAAGAAAAGAGAGACUAAGAAAAUCUAUUUUAUAUUCAAUGCCAAGCAGUAGUUCAUACUGGGCACUUGUACAGGAUGGGUAAUCUGCACCCCCCAGAAAUACCUAAGCAUAGCAACGUGUGGCAGGGAUCAUGGAUAAUCGUCAUAGAUCGCCAAGCGUCACUGCUUCGUUGUCUGAAGCAAUGCUGGGAGGAGCGAGUAGAGAGGAACUGGAACGCCUCCUUUGGGCACAAUGGCAGUUUGGUCUGACUCCCAGAAAAAAACCCUUUACAAGCAUCAUCACCACUUCCAGAAAUCCAGCACCUGACCUGCCCUACCCUACUCUAGCCCAUGACAAUGCCCUUUUGGAACUUAGCUCAUAAUGAUUCGCACCCCCUCAUCAUUUAUAACAGCCCCCACCCAGCCCAGCUGGUGAGAGUUUUUGCACUGUCCUCCAUUCAGCCCCGUAUUCAUUUCAAAUUUAUUUGUGGGGGAGUUUUUCCUCAUUCGAAUAGAGGAUCUAAGGACAGAGGGUGUUGUAUGCUGUACAGAUUGUAAAGCCCCUUGAGGCAAAUUGUGAUUUGUGAUAUUGGGCUAUAGAGAUAAAAUUUGACUGGACUUGCCUUGACUUCAACCAAUAACCCUUGUUGGAUUGCCUAUUAGUUUCCCAGCUGUUCUGUGUAAAACACAGCAGUUUUGGCUGCUCUAUGUAACAGAGGCUAGCAGUCGCAGUGGGCUCAGUCCCAAACCUGUCCCGUUGUCAGUAUUAGACCAACAGCACAUGACCCUCACCACUUAACAAACCUAACCAGGGGUGGAGAGAGAUCCCUGCGUAGGAGGGUAGGGUAGGUUACUCGUUCUCCCUGUAGUACUCAUUUUCCAAUCAUCCUUCCUAUAGGAGAGUCAGCCCAAUGACAUUUGAAAUCCAGACCCUCCUCCAAACAGCCUCCCUUCCAUCAUCAUCUUCUCUCCCCCUCUCCUCUUCCCUAAGCAUCCUAAGCAGGAUGCCCACAGUUUGACCCAGAAUCAUUGACAUCAAACGGGAUCCUGGCCUCUCCCUUGUCAGACAAGGCUGGCCAUAACUGCCUUUUAGUGUGGCGCCACCGGAUGAAUGUGAACGGAAAAGCAGCAGCGAUGGGAACAAGAGACUUGAGCACGAGAAUGUGAGGAUGUGAGAGAAGAAGAAAGCAUGGGACAGGAAACACCUCAACCCUCAUUGCCACCUUUGACAUGGGUGAGAGAGGGUGAUGUGGCCGGUUGUAGAGACGAUUUUAACAAACACUCGCAGGCAGGCGAGGUGGCCAUGUAGGAAUUUGUACGUUCUACCCUUCAGUUCCCACAACAACCCUAUAUGAGCCCCCGCUCCCAUGCCAGCUGACAACCCCAAAUGUCCCCCCUCAGCUCCCUCCAAAAGGAUAACCCCCAACUUUCAUAUGGUGAGGAUCAGAAAGAGAUCCCGCAUUCCAGAGAUGCAGGUUUGGAAUUCCAACACAUCUUUGUAAAAGAACUGAAAAAGAGAAAAAAAACCUAUUGAUGUCCUUUGUUCUUGUGAGCUGACUGGGUAUGUGUGUGUGAUAGAAGGGGUUAAAAUGCUGCUUUACUUUCUGAGUCUGAUUUAGAUUAAGAAAAAAAGAUAUAUGAAAUGAUUAUAAAUCCAUAAAACAAAAUGAAAAGAGAUGACUUUAAAAAAAGACUCCUGAACAAAAUAAUUGGAGAUUUUUUUCAUUUUAUCAUUGUUCUUUUAUUUUUCUGUUUGUUUUUUGACGCUUAAACUGCUCUGUGUAAAAAAGGAAAAAAACCCAGCUGUAGUCACUUUUUGACCAUGCGUGCAGUGUAAUAUUUCACUUCAUUUUCACAUCUGUAGUUUGUGUUGAUAAGCCAACUGAUCUGUUUGUCUGUGUGUCUGUCCAGCUGUCCGUCCCCUUUUAUCAGGAGGAAUUUACAACCAACAAAACAGGAAUUUCUUUUUUAUAUUUUGUUUCUUUUUUAUGAAAUUACAACUUUGGAGAAAAAAACUAAACAGGAAAAAUAAUGCAACAGAAACUGAAAAUACAAAAAAAAUACAACCCUGAAACAAUCUUGUCAUACCUCACACAACACAAAACUCAAAGGAACUUGGGAAGAGUUUUGCAGGCACAUGUGAAAGUUCAGAGAUGCAUAUAUAGGUUUAAAAAACGUAUAUAAGAAGAUAAUAUGUGCUUGUGUGUACGCAUCAGUAGAAGUUACAAAAGGACUCUUCCCUCAAGCUUUUGUGCUCUCUAUCUUAUUGAUUUGGUUCUCAGAUGACGGGAGAUGCAACGCAAACAUUAGAAAAUGUUUUGAGACGUUAGAGAUCAUCUGCUAAUGAGAGCACUUCUCCACCUUAAAGGCACAGUCUGUAGACAGUAAACUCAAAAUGUGAAUGGCCCAGAGACUGAGGGAUUAUGACUUUUGUAAUGACUGUUGAGUGUUUUAUGGUAUUGAAUGUAACUGACAGGAGGGGGCUGGACCUGAGCCCGGCACCCACAACCUAACUUCCACACACCAGCAGAAAGGAUAGUGUUGUCACAUAGACAUUAAAAACAACCAACUAAACUGAGAAUAUAUAUUGCCCAUCUGCAAGGUGCAAUACUAUGUUAUGUAUUUUUGUAUGUUUUCUGUUUUGAUGUUAUUUUAAAUUCAUUUACAUUUUAUUUUGGCCACAAAUAAGGAUGUAAAUACAAAAAACAUACAACACUCAAGAUUUAUUGCAACAAAGUAAAUUUAACCGCUCCAUCCCACUGUCAUGUAAGAGGGGAAAAAAGCAAAGUAAUGUGUAAUGCUUCAUACAUUUGUAUGUGUGCACUCUCUCACAUGUGCAUGCCGAUCCAUAUUCAGAAGUGCCCCGUGACAUUAAUCAUAAACCCUGUGCCUCUUCUUGUUUGCAAAGAGAUAGAUUCAUACCCCUCAUAUUCUCACAACAUGAUAUGCUACACAUGAAUGCCUAUAGUUGUGUGUAUGUUCAUCUAUGGAAUCGGAUUCAGUUCUUCCAAACUGUUGAUGUGAGUGUUGCCAGCAGCCACAGUGGUUAAAGGUUAAGAGGGCAGCGAGGUUGUUUUGAUUAGUAAAGUGGGAGGUGGGAGAGGGAGAUAGGAAUAAGCAAGUUAUCAUUUGGUGUAAAUGUCCGCUAACCUGGCUGCAACACACCCACAUCAUAGUUAGAAAAGUCCAAAAUGAAUUACCCAUUUUUCCGCCACCCCACCGCCUCCCAGAAGCCAGCCUAAAAAUCUUGCAAGCUCAGUUUUUGAUACAAGGGUCGUCAAGAAAAGGACUGAGCAUAAACCUGGACCAGUUUACAACAGGGACUGGUAGAGGCCCCAUUUACACUUUCAUUUCAAGCGUCUUGUAUCCAAAUAAAAUCCAAAUGCGAUUUAAGACAUUUUCAUUUACACUAAGCCACAUAUAUGUGGCUUUGUUGUCAUUGACCAGAUCACAAAACUGAUUGCCAUCUGUCUUAGUGAUGGUAAUGAACCUAAAGCUGUUUGGUUACUGCCAAAAAUGGCAGAAGAAGAAUAACUUGGGUACUCUUGCAGUUUAGUUGCAACAAUAACAGUUAGCAAUAGCAGCUAGCUAGCUAACAACUGUCCAUAAACUGACACAAACACAUGGAUGUGUCUUGAAAUGGAACAAUGGCUAAUCAGCUCAUUUCAGCAUAACUUAAGCUACCAUUAUCACAGGGGACAGGAGCUCUAGAGGCUACUUCCGUAGAUAGCAAACUGACGUUGUUACACUUGGGAGGAGUAAAGAUUACAUAUGCCUUUACAACUUUUCAACAUCUGGUUAGAAUGCAUCUCAAACCACCUCCCAAGCUGGUUUGAGCAAUCAGAUUUCAAUCCAUUUUGAAUGCUUCUUGGAUGCAUUUACACUUGACUUUUUUGAGAUUCAAUAGCUAUCCGAUCUGCCCAAGACAUAUGAAGUGAAAUGUAAAUAGAGUCUUAGAUGAUAUGACAGUUUGAUCUGAGUACCAUAUUUGUUUUUCAGCUCUGACUGGUUAAAGCUGAAAGUAAUUUUGGUCUAUGAUGACACCCCUAACUCAAGCUAAUUGUGUUUGCCAGAUCACAACAAGCAAAGUGAGGGUUUCAAGGCUGGCUUUGCGGGACAUCCAAGCCCAUCCCUCCAUAGAUAUUAUGAUCCUGAUUUAUUCUCACAUGUUGACAGAUUGGACAAGGGUGGAGACUGUCUGUGAUGUUUUUUGGUUUUAUGGUUGUGUUUGGUCCUCCCCCCCCCCCCCCCAUGCCAAAUGUAGAGUUUGUGAAGACAUGCAAGUAGCAAGAUGUCUAUGCAAUUUCCCUCCAGCUCCCUUUGAAAGACAAGCUCAAUGUAACAACAAUGAGCACAUCUUGCUUAUGAAAUCAAAUUCGGCCUGUCUUGAAUUCCAGAGGUUCUUUGCAUGACCUAAAUACCCUUGCUACUUUGUGUGGUCAAGGGUCAGGACUUCCAGGGUGAGCUGGCCUUGGCUGGUCAUGCAAAGAACUGGCUGGUCUUCAGGGUCGGUAACUUUUCACGGUAGUCCGAGUCUCAGAGAACAAGUAGGAGGGGUACUGGGGUUGUUGUGGAGAAUAAGGAUUCUACGAGAUGUGCUGUUUUUUGUAAACUGCUCAGAAAGUGGUGUGUGUUUAUGUAUAUGUGUGUUGUGUGGAAGUUUGGGUGCUACUUAUGUCUACUUGAUGCGAUGCUUUCAUUGUUUGGUGGGUUGAUCAUUAAGGCCAUAGAGCCUCGAAUUCCAGGAUUUAGACAAGCCCCUAACUUCAGUCCUUCUGCAAUAUGUGUGUGACGCUUUCAUUUUUCUAUCCUGCAACCAAGUUAAUGUAAUGUUAAAGAAUAUUCUAGGUGGUUGAUGUCCAUCAGUGGGCUGUACGUAGCAUAAGCAAGUUUACUUAACCCAUUACCUCUGCUUUUGAGCCGUGAGGAAAGGAUUUGAGCUGAUUUGCAAUCUGAAAUCUUAAAAACAAAAUCUACAUCACCCCACUGAGAUGAACAUCUACAACCUGCUGACCAUCAGUUGUACUUGAGCACUUAACUAAAAUGCACUUUGAAUGGCCAAAACCAACCAAUGAUAAAUGGAAGAAUCUUUGGUGGUAAUAAUUGUGACAAAAUAUAAAAUCGAAAUUGCACCCAAGCCAAUUGCCUUUUCCACCAUUUAAUGUUUUUUAAAUUAGUUUAACCAGAAAUAAACAGAGUUGUAGCCUUUAGGCAAAGACAGUUAACGACUAAUUAUAAAGUUUACAAUUAUUUUUUAAUUAAGUGCAAUAAGUGAGUGAGUGAACCUUUUCUGCGUAUUUCUUGUCUCAUUAGAUCUUAUUUAUACGUUUAUGGGGAAAUAAUAAUCUCAUGAUUGCUUUUAAAAUGUGCCCACCCGUGAGAGCAUCAGCUAGACCUGCUCCAGACACACACACACACACACACACACACACGUACACACACAAACACAGACCACUUUUUGUGAAUGGGUAAAGGAAGCUAUUGAAGGAUUCUCUCAGGUAAAAGAACAUUUUCUAAUAAAUGAUGGUGAACCUUAGAUGAAAAACCAUUGUUAGUUCAUCGUUUUUUUGUCUUCUCAAUUUACAAUCAGCAAUGUAUGUUUUUUCUGUUCUGUGUUUGGGCCUGAAAAGUGUCAGAUUGAAAAGGUGUAGACAUCCAGGUUUCAAGGAUUUGGAUCCUGAGUCUACCUCAACCACAAAGAAUAAUGCCCUCAUUGCUUUCUUAACCCUAAAUGAAAACAUGUCUUCAUGUGUGGAGGUGGGAGAGUGUCUGUCUGUUGGUUUUGUUUGGUUGGGAGUGUUUGUGAGUUAUGUUUGUUUGGGUUUGGUGCUGCAUGGUAUAGAAGCCCAUUUCUGCCAGGAAAAGCAAAGUCAAGUCAAUUUUAUUUAUAUAGCCCAAUAUCACAAAUCACAAAUUGGCCUCAAGGGGCUUUACAAUCUGUACACCUUCUAUCCCUCGUUUUGAAUAAGGAAAAACUCCCCCAAAAAAACCUUCAACAGGGAAAAAAAUGGAAGGCACUUAGAUAGAUUGUAAACAUACGUGAAGAAUAUGGAUCAGGGUGAAUGUCGAGCAACUUCCAGGUGCUGCCAAACCGAUAGGACCUGAGCCACGCGACCUCUUCACCAUGGAGACCUGGAAAGAGGACAGACUACGCAAUCACACAAUCAAGCAAAGACAAUUUUGUAAGUUAUCAGAAGUACCUUAAAGUCUGAUCUGACAUGGAUAGGGAGCCAUUGAAGGGAAGCUAAAAUUGGUGUAAUAUGGUCAAAUUUUCUAGUUUUAGUUAAAAUUGUAGCUGCAGCAUUCUGAACCAUUUGAAGACUCUAAAAGACUUUUAGUACUAGCACACAGCAGACCUGACAACAGAACUUUACAAUAAUAAAGUAUGGGUGAGACAAAGGUGUGAAUUAGGGUCUCAGCAUAAGUGAUGGGCAGAAAAGACUGAAUUUCAGCUAUGUUGCAUAGGUGAAAAAAGGUGAUGAUGGUGAUCAAAAGAGAGGGUAGGAUCAAACGUAAGAUUCUUGCCUGUCAAACUUUAAGAAAUCAGAGUUACUGUUACUUGAUCAAACUGGUGUUUAUGUCUAGCCUGGCCAAUGUCAGUUUUAUGAGAAUUUAGGAGCAGAAAAUUACGUGACAUCCAGUUUUUCACAGCAGACAAGCAGGCCUCUAAUUUAAUAAUUUGGGGACGAUCAUCUGCCUUCACAGGCACAUACAGCUGAGUAUCAUUAGCGUACCAGUGGAAAUUAAUUCCGUGACAGUGUAUAAUUUGACCAAGAGGUAAAAUAUAAAGAGAGAAAAGCAGAGGCCCAAGAACGGAACCCUGAGGUACUCUAUAUUUCACAUUAGAACAUUUUGAUGUAUUAUUACUAUAGGAAACACAGUGUUCUUUCAGAUAGGUAAGACUUCAACCACUUGAGAGCCAGGCCAGAGAGCACUGAGGUGUAAUCUGAAUGCAUGGUAAGCAGAAGAUCAUUUACUGUUUUACUCCUUUACUCCUUAGUAACUUCAGUUUCAAUGGCGUGACAGGCCCUGAAAGAUUGAAAUGUGUGGGUCUAAAGUUGCUGAGACAAAAGUCUUUCUAGUAUUUUUGAAAAGAAUGGAAGGUUAGAGACUGGUCGAUAAUUAUAAGAGACCCUGGAUCAAAGUGUGGUUUCUUAAGUAGAGGUUUUACCACAGCAGUCUAGUGGGGACAAUGCCAGUCGCAAGUGACAUUAAAAAUAUUCAGCAUUGUAGGUCCCUGAAGUGGCCAGAGAUCUUUAGUUUAGCUGGUAGGGGGUCGAGGAGGCAGGUAGUUGGUUUAGAAGCUAACACCAGCUUAGACAAGAAAAAUUUAAAAGAACAGAUUUUCACAGAUUCAACAAAUGAUUAUUUUACUACCAAUUCUGCAGAAGUAGCUGGAGAUGAACUAAUCUCAUCUAUUUUUAUGCAGAAAAAAAUCACGAGCGGUAAAGGGGAGCAGCUAACAGACGGUUGCUUUUGAGUAAGUUUGGCUACAGUAUCAAAGAUAAAUCUAGGAUUGUGUUAAUUGUUACUGGUAGAGCAAGAGAAAUAUGCUGCUUUAGCAGCGGACAGAACACGCUUUUAAUUUAAUACACACUCGUGCCACGAGAGGUAGAAAACUAGACCAGUUUUGAUUUAUGCCAUUUGCGUUGCCAUAUGCCAGUCUCCUGCAGGCCUGUUUCUUCAGUAAACCAGGGUGUCGACCUCUUUAAUUGUCUUGUUUUGAUUGGAAGAGGUGCAACUGAAUCCAGGAAGCUAGAAAGGGCUGUGUUUAAGUCACUCGUACAAUUUUCAACAGGGCCUGUCCCUGCAGUGAAAGGAGCCGGGACUACAAGCAAUUGCUCACCAAGUGCAGUUAAAGUUGACAGAACCAAUGUGGGGAGUGGUAAAUAUAUCAGCACCAACAUUACAAGGACAGGCUGGUGUUAAUACAAAAGUGAUCACACCACACACUACAGAUGUGACAGGAGAGACAGUCACAGCAGCAACCUCUAUCCCGCGUGAUAGAAUUAAGUCAAGGGUGUUAACCAAACCAGAGUGAAACCAAAAGUAUCAAGAAGUGCCAGAAAGGCUUUACUUAGAGGAUCGAAGGCAUGAAAAAAAUACAGGUGGCUGGCGAUUCUAAUGUUGCGGGCAAUGGAGUCCCCUAUUACAAGUGUGCAUUGUUUAACCCGGUCAGCGGGGGGUAGAGGAGGCACGCAGGCCAACUGGACUAUCAACGUGGCUGGCUAGUGUCGAAAACUGGUUCGCAAUCAGGAGGGGUGACUCCAGACCAGGCCACACAACUGGUCGCUUGCUCUUGGAACUAACGCCGCCAAACAGGGAUAAUCAUCAUCAUCUGCCGACGAGGCUAUGCUAGUGCUAUCCCUAACAAGCCUGCUAUCAAGCCUGUGAUGGAAGCUAUCUGGAGUGCCCGUGACAUGGGCGUGUGAAAGGCUGUCGUCAUGCGGCGCAAGCCAUUGAAAAUAAUGGGUGUCACCAUUGUCACGUUGUGUUUGAAGCUUGUAGGCUAGGCUCGGAGCUAAGCUAACAGGGCAGCAACAGAGGCUACCCCCUAACGCUAAGAUUGUUUCAAAAAUAAAAAGUAGCAAGUCUAAUAUGAUAUGGACUUAACAUAACUAGAAGCGUUUAGAUUGAGUAGAGUGAAGAGAUUAAAACAGAAAAUCAAGGAGGGAGAAAGAGUAGACCGGUUUGUCAAUCUCAUGGAAAUCAGAUCAAAUCAAAUCAUGUGUGUAAUGGGAAGUCAUGGGAGGCAAUGUCUCAGCGUUGAAAAUAAAUGUUAGGAAUGACCAAAAUAAAAAGUACUCAUGAUUAAUCAAAUUGAUGAGCUAGGCCUACUCUUAAGUCAAAAAUGUGACUUUUUAUGUCACAAUUGACUCAACAAAUUUGAAUUUCAACUUAUUACCUCAUAAUUUUGACUUACUAUGUCAAAAUAAUUAUGUUUCUACUUAUAAAUUCAAAAUUGUUUACAUAUUUCUAAAUCAUGAAUUAGAAUGACAUAAUUUUGACUUAUCAUGAGUGUCAUCCCAAACUUUUGCCAUAUCUCAAAAUCAUGACUUAGUAUGAAAAAGUAAAUUAUCCGAUUUACAAUCUCAUAAUUUUGAGUUAUCAUGAGUGUUUUUAUCUUUAUCAUCUCUAACUUUUCAUCUUUUUUUUCUUGGUGGAAAUGGGCUUCCAUAGCACAGUGAAAACACACAAGAAUGUUUUGGGCUUUUUUUUACUCGGGCCAGCCUGUUUUUAUUUAAAAAGUCCAGCUUGAUCAUGGGAUCCUAAAUAAAUCACAUUUUGACUUUUCUCAUAAACACGUCCCAGAGUGUACAAAAGAAAAUUCAGCUCUUACUGUCAGUAAUAGUCUCGUCACUUUCUCCCUUUACAGUCAAAGUGCCAGCAGCAAUAUCCAGCUCCCCCUCACCCAGUUAGCUAAUGGUGUACAUACAGCAGUACGUGGCUCCCAUCCAAGCCGGGCACCGUCCACCCUUGGGGGGGGGCAGAGGAACUGUCUUUGUUCCUCCGUCCACAGGCCUGAUCUAUUUCAGUGUGCUUACUGUUUAACUUUGUGAUCUACUGAAAGGAUGGUAUGACUAAAACCAAGGCUGUGCAUGUAUAUAGGUGUGUGCAUGUGAAUGUCAGCAUCAAUGUUCAUGUGAGAGAAUUGCGUUCAGUGUGUGAACACUUUGCUAUGAACGCCUGUGGUGCUGAUAUUCGAUCGACCUGCUUCUCUUUCCCUCCCCAACCCUCAAAAGCACCUUUUUAGGCCGCGGUACAUGACAGAAAUCCUGUCAUAGACUUGUAUUAUUUCCUUUGAAGAAUGUAACUAAUAUUGUGUUCAGCAGGCUAACAGAGAGUAAAAAGCAGGGGGGUCUUGGGAACCAUUUAUAUGUGAGGGUGGUGGGGUUGUAGGAGAUGAAGACUGAAUUGCAAGAGUGGGUAAUAUUUCAAAAGAAAAGCUGCAACAAUCCCCACAAACAAACGCCAGACUGUUGCUUGCAGAACAGAGCAGAUUACUGCCGCGGCUGCAGUUCAAGGCGUUGCAGUUUUGUUUCUCUUUCCAAAUGAUAGCCUUAUUGAUUGCUUUUGUAUCCCUCCUCUUCUGUGGUAUUGUUUUACAGCAUGUUUCAUAGGGCACUAGAGGAUUUAUCAUGAAGGCUUGUGCUUAGUGCAAAAUGCAUGCUGUGGAGUUGGAUCUCUGGUAAAGAGUGAAUUAGUGUGCUGGGUGGUAGCAGUUGAGGACUCCCAAGAGUGAUUUUUAGGUUAUCGCAACACACGAUAUUAAAUGACUAAAUCUAAGCCAAUACCCCCUUUGUGGCCACAUUAGCACAGCAAAACAUCAGUAGAGAAUAUUUAAGCCCAUGAGCUGAACAAUAUAUCCAAAGUGCCAUAUCUACUUAUUGGGCGCAUCAUCAACACCGUUUUCAUCACAUUAAGAUACGUGUUCAGACUUUGUGUGUUAAUGGCUGAGUAAGAGGCGUUGUGUAAAUAGAGAGUAAUAUUAAUCAUGACCUAACACUAUACCACCUCACCCCAUCCCUUAUCCAAUGGCACAUUGAGCUCCAUUCACUGCUCUGCACUACGAUCUGGCCAAUAGACAUGAAUAGCUUUGACUGGACACUGUCAUUGUCCUGUUUUGAGACCGUUGCUUAGUACACCAAAUCCCACGACAGAACUAAGAGCACUUAUAGGUGGUAUUGUGGCGUCAACUUGCGAGUUGAUUAUUGACUAUCUGCAAGGAGAUUUAUAGUCAUGGGGAUAUUUUUGUAAACGGGUGGGAAAUCACAUACCUAGACAGCUAAGAAUGUACACAAAUGAGCUCAUCUAUUAAUAGUCUGUCAAUCAGAGAUAUAGAUCAGAGAUUAGAUAAAUUAUGUGAAUUGUAUUGUAGUUUUGGAAGAUCUGUGCUUGUGAGAAAAAUAUGCAAUGUUUGUCAGGUUGAAAAUAAGGUUUUGAACUGGUUCAGAACUGCUCAGGUUUGAUAAACCGGCCUCAAAGGGUGCUUUCCGUCCUCCCUCUUCCCCGUGCUCUUGGUCUAACAAGUCUCCCUUGUCCUCUGUUCUGUCAAACACCCUCAAAGCAUACACACUGUCAGCUCUCUUGGCACAUACAGUACACAUGCCCUUUGUUGUAUGCAAAACGAGAGGAAAUGCUCUCUGCUCAGCCAACUUUGAAACCUAAAGAAAGGGUUUAAUUUAUGAAUCGUUUUCCACUCUGUAGCAGGUCCAAGCCACUUUAUACAGCACCAGCAAAUCACCAACAACCACCUAUUUAAGGCUUCAUGUCCACUGAGAACAUCCUCUUUACUGUACCACCUUUUUGCUCUCAUUGUACAACCGAAAGGACUCUGUGUUGCAUGUACAGAAAGCUUAGCAUGCUUAUAGUAUGUUCUUAAAAAACCUUUAGCAAAAACACACUAUGCUUCAAAGUGGUAUCUUCAACAGCAGGAUCGAUGUUUCGCUAAAAAGCGGAUACCUUAUGGACACAACAAUUUCUGGGUCUUGUAUGCAGCAGUUGGUGCUGGUAGAUGUUUCCAUGUCAGACUUCAUUUCUAGAUGGGGUUAUGUUGUACAAAUGUCUAUGAACUGUCUAUGUAUCUGUAUUCACUAUCUUACAAUCCACUGUCUUAUUGGAUAAUGAGAGGCUCAACAUGUAAAAGAAUUGUUACACACCUGUAGAGAAAAAUAGUGCAUCAGAGAACACAUGAUGAAUCAAGAAAAAGUAAACAAUGAAGGUCAAGAAACAUUUAUGUAGAUCUCAAUGAAUGGACCGUAAACAUUGACAGUGUGCAGGAGUUUACUUGGUCUUGAUUUAACAUAAAGAUGCCAGUUUCAAGGUCUGGACAGAGCAUUUAAACAACACCUUUUUUGCAAACCUCAUGUGUUUGGAUAUUUCGACAAAUUCAACCAACAGAAGCAUGCUGAAGUCAACCUCACAAUCUGCAGAGGUGGAGUUCUCUCGGGGUUAAGUUUUGAUUUGUUGUUUCUUUUGGAAUUUCUAUUGUCUUUUUUUCUUGGAUUUUCUCAAGGACCCUGUUCAGCCUGCUCAGUGACUAUAGGAACACAUACUAUAACUUCAUGACUUCAAACCAGCAGUAGCUGUUUUACAAAACCUACAAAAAAUAAAGUAAACAUGCAAAUGAGCUAUAAAACACUUCACUACAACAGCUAAUACAACUACUUUUCUUACUUUUGUAUCACUCCUUCAAGAGUUCCUUGCUUCACUGUGACUGCAGAGGCUGCUGGGAAAACUAUGAUGUGUUCUGCAGACACUCAGGGGUCACGACCUGUCCGGUCAGGAUCAGGAUUAGCUGGAAGGUGCCAAAGACAGGAUGGGAGGUGAUUUUGUUAUGUUGAAAGCAUGUCAACCUGUUGUCACAGCUCUCCAUGCAAACUAUUAUCCAGGCAAGUUCUAUUAUCUCUGGAGACAACUGGGAACAACAAAGUGCAAGAGACUGAAGCAAGGUUGUCACUCGUCCUGAUGUAGGACUAUCAUUGUACGUAUCACGGUCCUGGAUGGGCAUCUCCUGAAACCCGGACAUUUCAGCCACUCAGCGGCUCAUAAAAUUUGCUACGGGAAGAAUGUUGAAAGGAAUCUUCUUAGCGACUCAUGAGGUGGGAAAAAAAGGUGAUUUUCUUCCUCUCUCAGCACCUCGAGUGGCAGAACAUAUUUAAAGGAGACUACUGUUUUAUUCAGUAGUAUUGCUUUAAUAUUUCUUCUGGCCACUAGAGGUCUUUCUUGGUAGUGGAGUAAAAAAAAUGUUGUUACUUUAUACUCGCCUAAUGCAGUUUUUUUUUACCACCUUAUAAAUCACUAAGAUGAUUACUUUCCGUCCAGAAAGUUUGUAUUUUCAACAUUCUUCCUGUAAUGAAUUUUGUGAGCCGGUGAGUGACUAAAAUGUCCAGGUUUAUACGUAUCACAGUCCUAGAUCAGGGCUAGGCUGUCACAUGCUAAAGGGAGAUUUUUAGAGAGAAUAAGAAGCCAAAGUGAAUAAAAAUCCAGAUGGGAAUCUGUAGUAAAAUAAAACAUUGCGCUUGCAGCGUAUAACAGUUUGCAGGUACAUUCUAGGCUAGAGUCAAAACCGUGGACGGAGGACACAGUACGCAGGAAAACACAUGGCCAUUCACUGUACUAAGAGUACAGCUCUCGCGUUCUGUCGCUAUCUAGAGGUGCCAGAUAGUCAUAUAUUUUCAGGGUAAUACAAAGAGUAGCAGAAAGUGUUUCAAAGUUUAUUCAGUUUACUUUUCUGUGACUGAUAACGUACAGGUAUGUAAAUUGCUGAUAUUACAAACCCCAGCCUCCUGGUAUCUGGUGAACCAGACAUUAAGUAUCUGAAAAUAUUAAUAGACCCAGAUGACAUCACUGUCACAGGCACGCAAAGCAAAGGAACAAUAUUUAGGAUUCAUUUCCACGAAACACAGGGGAAAACAAACAUGCAAGGGCAUACGGUCAAGCUUUAGGCAACGCUCUGGGCUAAAUAAAUACACACUGUCUUGUCUUUCAAAUAAACACAAACACACACAUGCGCAGGAAACCUCCGAAUAUCUACUGUGAUCUCCUCUCACACCACCCACACCUUCAUCACACCAAACCCCUUCUCACCUGGACCUGUCCUCCUUGCGAUUACUCAAUCCCCUGCUGUUCCUGAGCACCCACCACCCCCUUUUUACCUCCUUCUCCUCCUCCCAACAUGAGUCCAGUGGGUGGUGUGAUGUCAGGUUUUUGUGGUGGGCUGCUUAUGAUAGGUCCAGACAAUCAGUGUGCUUGUAAAUGUCAAUGUGUGAUUUUCAAAUCUUUGUUUAUGGUCAGGGUUUUAAAGGAAGAUAUUUUUAUUGUAAUUGUUGCUGGUCUAUUUUACUAUAUAUUUAUGUAAUAAAUAUGUGACUAAAUUUACAUCUCACUGGCUCUCUGGGCUGUUAUUGGCUCUCAGUUCCCCAGCCAGUUACAUCAUGUGCUGGAGGGUUUUCAUUAAUGGACUAAUAAAUUAAACCCACAAAAA